CCGCCGCUCAUCAUCUGUUGCGUCUCGAACAAAUUCACGCCUUAGUUACUUAAGUCCACCUGAAUUAGUAUAAUAACUCUUGCAACAGUCAGAAAAGUCUAUGAGUCGAGUUUUGACUAUUGGCAUUUUUAAUUCCGACGAGUUUUCCGCCGCGGAUUCCAAGACGGUCGCUGGGAGUAUCACUAAGCCGAUCUUCUACGUUUUGGGCCGCAGCGUCCCAGAAUCAGGCUUCCAUAAAACCUCUUUAGGGUGUUGCGUUGGCAGCAGUGGGCGAAGGAGGUAAUCGGGGACAGUCUCAUUCAAUUCAAAAGACAGCUAGC